CGCAGGCUAAGUUUAGUUCGGGACGCGCUGGCGAGGCUCUGGGUGGCGAGCGCCGGCCGGGUCACUGCAGCCCGCAAGUUGGUGGGGGACUGGCGACCGCUGCAGCAAAAGUUGUGCCUCGUGAAUAAGUCAGUUACCAACUAACCAAUUGCAGCCAUGGAAUAAGGCUGCAGGAUCAACCUACCCCCUACGUCGUGCUAUGAACUAAACCAGUGUAAAAGUGUAUUUUUGUUAUAGUUUUUUUGUCACUGUGAAUAAAGCGACAUAAUGGCAGACAGUGAAGGGUCUUCCGAACAAGAUGAUGUUUCGUUCCUCCGUACGGAGGACAUGGUGUGCCUGUCCUGCACGGCCACCGGCGAGAGAGUAUGUCUGGCUGCAGAAGGCUUCGGCAACCGGACCUGCUUCCUUGAAAACAUUGCAGAUAAGAAUAACCCGCCGGACCUGUCCCAAGGCGUCUUCGUGAUCGAACAGGCGCUGUCGGUCAGGGCUCUUCAGGAACUCGUCACAGCGGCGGCCAAUGAAGAGGUAAGUCCCCCACCCCCUCCCCCCCCUUCGUCGCCUCCUUCUCCGCCUACUCCAUUUCACGAGGGAUAAGUCUUAAGCGCAGUU